UCAACAACAGGUUAACGUUGUUACCUAACAACGACUUUUUUCCCCUUCCCACACCUACACAACUCCCUGUCUCCUUUCAUUGUGAUACCCCUCGACCCUAUCUCUUCUCUGUGCUAUAACCUCUGUUAGCCAUGUCUUCACGUACCGAAACGAAAUACUGGACCAGGGAGCAUUUCCUCGUCUCCACGGAUAAGAAUCUCCUGUCCCCAACAGCAAUCAACCGCGCCUUCGCACAAGACUUCAUUUACUGGGCACAACCGUUCCCGGAGGAAGUCCUACGAAGCAUCAUCGACAAUUCAGUCUGCUUCGGCCUGUACAGGCUCGCAUCUCAUCCGGUUUCCGACAGUGAGGGGGUUCUGUCGAACAUUCCCGUCGGGAGCCUGACAUCCGGGAAUGUGGAGCAGAUCGGCUUUGGGCGACUGAUCACGGAUAGCGUCACUUUCGCAUACCUGAGCGACGUCUAUGUGCUACCGGAGUACCAAGGCAACGGGCUUGGCGGGUGGCUUAUCGACUGCGUGGAUGAGGUGGUCAAGCCGCUGCCGUAUCUGCGGUGGUUGAUGCUGCGGACCUCGGGUGAGAAGAGACAGGAGUCGUAUGAGAAGCGGCUUGGGAUGAGUGUUAUCCAGUCGGGGGAUAUCAGGAAAGGGCCAGUUAUGAUGGGGAGGAAAGGGGAGCGGGGGACUGUAUGACGAACGUUCGGUUCGGGGUUCGAUGGAG